AUGUCCGCCCUCGGUGACUUGUCGAUCACCGUGCGAAAGGUCGCAGAGGAUGUGAAGGCCUUGAAGGCCGCCUACGAAGCCAAAAACGAUGACCAGUGCAACACGCUUCUGGCGGACAUCAAGCGUCGCAUCAUCGUGUUUCCCACCUUCCUGAAUCCUGGUGCCGGCAGCAACACCCGGAGUGAGGAGCUGUCGCUCGCACGCGACUAUCUUGAGCUUGGCGUCCUGGCCUCGGCGCAUCAAAAAGAUCUUGCCUCCUUUGAGGUGUACUUCAACCAGCUGCAGCUGUACUACAGCGACAUCGGCUCUGAUGAGCUGCCAGAGUCCCCACAGUACCUGAUGCUCCUCGGCCUGAACCUCAUCCGACUCCUUGUGUGCAGCCGCAUUGCUGAGUUUCAUUCCGAGAUGGAAAAAAUCCCGUUUGCCAUGCAUGGCUCGAACCUGUACAUCCGCUUCGCCGUCGGGCUUGAGCGGUAUUUGAUGGAGGGUAGCUACAACAAGCUCCUCACCUCACGCAAGAAGGUGCCGUCGAAUGAGUACCUGCCUGUUGUGGAGAUGCUGGAGCAGACGGUGCGCGACGAGGUCGCCAACUGCAUUCCUCAGUCAUACAUUCAGCUGCCGAUCCCAGCCGCGCAGCGGAUUCUCAUGGUGGACACAGAGGCGAAGGUGCGCGAGAUCGGCGCGGAGCGGGAGUGGGCGCUGUCCGCAGACGGCACGCACUUUGUGUUCACGCGCGAGGACGACACACUGCAAAAGGAAAUCCCUUUCAAGGAGAUGAUAGAGCAGCACAUCAACUUUGUCGCCGACCUGCAGAACAUUGUGUGA